AUGGCAAAUCCAAAAAAGAAGCGCUCUAGAGACGGGUGCUUGACCUGUCGAAGACGCAAGAAAAAGUGUGACGAGUCGCUGUCUCCACAGUGCCACAACUGCGAAGCAAAUGGCUUGCAGUGCACUUGGCCGGGACAUGUUCUUGAAGCCCGCAAGAAAAGGGCAAAGGAAGGAGAACUCUAUAACUCGAAGGUUGAUCCUAAGGGCAUUGACUCAUCAAGCUAUCCUGGCUUACAGACCCAUCAUCAUCAUAAUACAUUGGGGCAUUCCACCAGUGACUCACUUGCAUCACUCCCGCACCCUAUAGCAGAGAAUCACAGUUUGAGUUCAAAUGUGGCGCUCCGACGUCGUGUGUCUGACACUGACGGCAUUUCAUGGAGGACAAGUUCUUUGUCUCUGUUGCAUACAGCUGAAGACCGUCGGGGGAGUUCCAUUUCGCAGCCAAUGCCCAGUAUCGCACCGACACCAGCGCCGCAUCGAGAGAACUAUUGGGUAGAGAAGCCUAAGGGGCCUCAAAGAAGAGAAAACUAUUUCUUACAAAGAAUCGCCAUGCAACAGGAUUGUGUGGUGGAAGAAGAUGCCAAAGAGGACAAGCCCGACCACCACAGUCAGGUGAACAGAGACCUUAUUCGAAGCUACAUCGCCAACCAAAUGGACUUGGGAGAAGCACUCAAAAAAGUCUAA